AAAAAUUACCUGUCUAUCUUUAUUUUCACUCGUUCUCGCUUUUCUUUUUCAGUUUCGACAAUUCUUGCUUUUCUCCGUGUGGCUCUAGUUCCCAGUGCACCUCCGUAACGUUCUUUCUCGCUCUCUCUGGCUUACCCAGCUUUGCUUCGGAAUUUGGACAGCGGUCGGAUCGAAAUAUAUGAUGGUGAGUUUGGUAUAGAGAUAUUGUCUCAGAUUUUCUGGGGUAAGAGAUGGUUGCAGAGCCGUGGUUUCGCAGUCUGUGGAAGACUCCACGAAAGCAUGAGGCCGGUCCUGGGAAAGUGUUGAUUGGGGUGUUAGCAUUUGAAGUUGUAAGCUUGAUGUCCAAGGUGAUUCAUCUAUGGCAGUCUCUAAGUGACAGGCAAAUUUCUAGGUUGAGAGAAGAGAUCACGAAUUCAGUUGGUAUAAAGAAGCUUGUCUCAGAUAAUGAGGAUGUCAUUGUUGCUUUGAUAUGUGCUGAGAUGUUUGAGAAUUUGGGACAUGUGGCAAAAUCUGUGGCCAGGCUUGGGGCAAAGUGCAAUGAUCCUAGUUUGAAGAGUUUUGAGAAUGCUUUUAGUGAUUCAAUCAAAAUCGGUAUUGACCCAUAUGGGUGGGGAUUUACAUGGAGAAAGAUGGAAAAUAAAGUCAAGAAGAUGGAAAGAUUCAUUGCAGCCAAUGCAAACUUGUAUCAGGAGAUGGAAAUUCUUUCAGAUCUAGAACUGACUCUGAGGAGAAUGAAGGGUAAUGAUGAAUAUGAUGGUGUAAGUUUGCUUGAAUAUCAAAAAAAGGUUUCGUGUAAGCAGCAGGAGGUGAAAAACCUCCAACGGAUCUCACUGUGGAGCAGGUCUUAUGAUUACACAGUUCGUCUGUUGGCAGGAUCUCUGAUGACAAUAUCAAGUAGGAUGAAACAUGUCUUUGGAAUUCAACAGAUGGUAGAUGCUGAUAUCAGAGAUUCAAGAGAGAUGAAUUCUGAUUAUAUGCCUCGCAGCCACUCAGUUUCUGCUUUGUUGCAAACUUCGGAUUAUCCAUCCAAGAAUGGUCUUGAUAAAUUUGCUUCAGGUCCCCUUGGGGGUUUUAUUGCUAAAUCAGGACCAAUUUCGAGAAAAAGUAAUCCUAAUAAUUUCUAUUCAGGUCCUAUUGGUGGCUCAACCACAAAAUCAGGCCCUAUUUCUGGAAAGAAUAAAAAUUUCAACUUCUUUUCAGGCUCUCUUUCAAGGGUAAUGACAAAAUCUGGACCAAUUUCUGGAUCGGAGGAAAUUAGGCAGAAGAAGUGGCAGAACCAUGGCCAGUCACCUGGGAUUAAUGGGAAAAAGCCACCUUUGAAACCCAACCGACUUACCCAAGUUGGGCCUUUUAAAGGAUGCAUGCUGGCUGGAAAUAAUUCUCCUGUUGCCAAUUGUUAUUUAAGUCUGGAAGUUGUUCGUUCUGGGAAUCUCAAUCGAGCCAAAGAUGUCAAUGCGGACCUCCUUGCUCCUGGAAAAAAUGAUCAUUCUAAUAUAUCAAUCUUCAAAUCCAGGCGCAAGUUGUUGGAUGCUCCACCUGAAACCCUUGGUGGUGCUGCUUUAGCGCUGCACUAUGCAAAUGUCAUUAUCGUAAUCGAGAAACUUGUGGCGUCUCCUCACUUGAUUGGUCUUGAUGCAAGAGAUGAUUUAUACAAUAUGUUACCCAUGAGUGUGAGAGCCACGCUUCGGGAAAAGCUAAAACCAUUCACCAAGAGCCUGGCUUCAUCUGUUUAUGAUACAGUUCUUGCAGGAGAGUGGAGCGAGGCAAUGGCAGGGAUAUUAGAAUGGUUGGCACCACUUGCUCAUAACAUGAUAAGAUGGCAGUCUGAGAGGAGUUUUGAGCAGCAGAGCCUGAUUUCCCGGACAAACGUUGUUUUGGUGCAAACCCUUUAUUUUGCAAAUCAAGAGAAGACAGAAGCAACAAUCACUGAGCUUCUUGUUGGUCUGAAUUACGUCUGGAGAUUUGGUAGAGAACUCAAUGCAAAAGCUUUAAUGGAGUGUGCUGGCAGUAGAAUAAAUGGCGAAUACUUGGAUGUGGAUAAGUGACAUAAUUUCAGCUCAUGGCAAUUACCAACUGAAACAACUGUAGGCCCCUUUCAACUGACUGGCCUCGGGAAUACGGCUGGAACCGACUCGUUGGUUCUUUAGGCUUCUCAAUUCUUCUUGAAAAACAUUAAUCAUGUGCUUGGUGCGGAAGAGAGAAAACACCACCUACCGUAUACAUGCAUCAAUACCGAAAUUCUUAGUGCGUACAAGGUAUUUGUUUGAGCAUGCAAAUAUUCUUUCCUUUUUAGCUGAGAAUUCUAGUAGAGUACAAUUUGUUAUUGGUCAAGCUUGAAUGGUGUAUUUAUUAGCAGUACCUGUUGUUUGUAGUAAUUGUACGAGUACAUAUAAAGUAGAAAAAUCUCUUCUGGUACUGUUUCAUUUUGAGUGGCGAUAUGUCUUUGAUGUAAUGAUGGUAAGCUAUAGUCUUUAUCCCACAUUGCAAAUGAAGGGUAUUUGCGCAUUA